UCCGACCCCCAGACGGCACUCUCUCUCUCUCUCUCUCCUAUCUCAUCUCAGACACUAUCGCUCGCCAACAUACAAACAUACACACUCACUCAAAGGACUCAAGAAAGAGAGUGCUCAUAUGUUAAAAAAACCGUCUCCAUUCACUGCCAAUAUCUCUCCCUCGAAUCUAUAUCGCUCUUCAUCCGUAUCGCCUUCUAAACUCUAACUGAGCAAAUGCGGCCGCUCCCGCCUUCCUCCGACCUCCGCCGCUUGGACCAUCGGAUUUGGCGGGCCUGCGCGGGGUCAUCGGUUCAUAUACCCACUGUCAAUUCUAGGGUUUACUACUUCCCUCAAGGUCACCUCGAGCAGUCCUCCUCUUCUGUUUCUCAUUCUCUCCUUUCUCCUCUCGCUCGCUCCAGACCUUCAAUCCCUUGCCAAAUCUCUGCCGUUCAAUUGCUAGCCGACCCUGUUACCGAUGAGGUGUAUACGAAACUUCUUCUCUUUCCUAUUGAUCCUUCAUUGAACCAUUCUCUUCCCCUUCUGGAACCUUCUGGACGCCUCGGGCGAGAAGGCGGAGAUGAUGAUGAGGAUGAGAUUGUGGCGUUUGCGAAGAUUUUGACUCCCUCUGAUGCGAAUAAUGGUGGCGGUUUCUCUGUUCCGAGGUUUUGUGCGGACUCCAUCUUCCCGCCGUUGAACUACCAAGCGGAUCCGCCUGUACAAACCAUAACAGUAACCGACAUUCAUGGCAUUUCUUGGGAUUUUAGGCACAUUUAUCGAGGGACGCCUCGCAGGCACUUGUUAACCACCGGGUGGAGUAAGUUCGUGAACCACAAGAAUUUGAUCGCUGGUGAUACGGUGGUUUUCAUGAGAAAUUUGGCGGGAGAGAUGUUUAUUGGAGUGCGCAGGGCUGUUAGGUCGAACAAUGGUGAGGACUGCGCUAGGUGGCGGGAGCAGAUUGGUUGCGGAACUGGAGAUGUGAAAAUAAAUGUGAAGGAGGAGGGGUUCUCGAGGAGCGGGAGAGGGAGAGUGUCGCAGGAGGCUGUCAUGGAGGCAAUAGAGAGGGCAGCGCAGGGUUUGCCAUUUGAGGUGGUGUAUUAUCCGAGACCUGUUUGGCACUCAGAUUUCGUGGUGAGGGCUGAGGUGGUGGAGCGAGCGCUCAAUGUGUUUUGGACUGCUGGGAUGAGAGUGAAAAUGUCAAUGGAGACGGAGGACUUAUCCCGAACGUCAUGUUUUCAGGGUACAAUUUCAUCUGCGGCUGUGCCCGACUGUGGUCCCUGGCGUGGCUCUCCUUGGCGUAUGCUUCAGAUUACAUGGGAUGAACCUGAAGUUUUACAAAAUGCAAAGAGAGUGAACCCUUGGCAAGUUGAAUUUGUUGCGCCCACACCACCACUUCAUGAUGCAUUCCCUCCUGAGAAUAGAUUCAAAUUUCCUGAAAAUUCUGGGUUGCUGACAGACGGAGACGGAGAACUCUUCUUUCCUAUGUCGGGACCAUGUAAUUCAACAAUUGGGAACAUGAACCAGUCAUUGUUGAAUUUUAACACUUCUCCUGCUGGCAUGCAGGGAGCCAGGCAAGAUCCUUUUUCCAUUUUUGGUUUGUCCAGCUUCUUAAGUGAGACUGCUUCUCAGACGUGCCCUGAUAAUGUCUUUGAUAACAAAAUGGUGCCAAAGUUGAAAACCGUGUCCACUGAGCUGAACAUUGGCAGUUCUCAGUCUGAUUACUUAUCCUCAGAUAGUCAGAGUAGCGUGCAUUCUUUUGCUACAGAACUUGUUGGAAAUUCGCGCUGCAACUCAACACAAGUUGGUAUUAGUUCUUUUCAGUUAUUUGGUAAGAUCAUUCACAUAAACCAGCCUGUUGAAAGUGGUUUUGAUGAUGCUGGCUACAUGGAAGAUUGUGGCAGUAAAGGUUAUAAUGAAAACAGUCCGCUAGAUCUUGCAUUAUCAUCCUCUUAUAUGGAACUGCUCAACAGGAUUGAUGUCCAAUGCCAGAGAGCAUCAGAGGUUGAAGCGUGCUCUUUAUGAACUAGUAGUCGUGAAAUGUCAGGCAGAUGAAUAGCUGAACAGGUACUAUAAGCAGGCAGGAAGCUGACUUCUUAUUAGACGCUGGCAGUGGUAACUAGUGUGUGUUACUGUGUUUGAUUUAGUUAGCAAUGUUGGAACUCAGACAAUAUUAAACUUAGUAUGUGUUUUAAAUCAAGUACUGAAUGUUUGUGUGGCAUAUACAAUAUCGUUUGAGAGUAGAUCAUAUUUCUUUGUUGCUUUA